GGAGGCGAGGGACCGCGGCUCCGUUAGCAUCCCGGGGCUAGCGGACUGAUCUGGCUGGGGAGCACGGUGUGGAGGAAGGCGUCCUGCGCACUGUAUGCACACAGAUAUCGGCGGCUUCAGAUAUCCCCGGCUAAUCCUCGAGCUAACCAUUAUCCCUCCAUGCUGUCCAAGAAAGGGAGAUAACGUUAAUAGCCCUGCACUGCCACCUCAAUUAGCCACCGUCCAGGACAGACAGGGGGAACUGCGUUUUGCGAGAAGAGCUGCCUUUUGAAGCAACAUCAUUUCCCCCCUUCCCCCGAUAUUAUUAGGACUAUACAGCUGAUUCGCGUUACUUUCAAGGAUGAGGUUGCCGAGUAAUAGACAAUGUGGGAUGGAAGGAGACGGGAAGAAGAUGGACCAAGCGCCCCCGUUUAGAAACCCUUUUGUGCAUGUCUUGAAAUUCACUCCUCUGGAAAAGGCAAAGAUUGCAUUAAUGACAGUCACGCUAUUCCCCAUCCGUCUACUCAUUGCUGCAUUCAUGAUGUUGCUGGCCUGGCCUUUUGCCUUCCUUGCUUCAGUCGGGCGCUCUGAGACUACCGUCGAACCCCAGUGCCUCUGGAGAAGACUGGUGGACAUAAUUCUGAAAAUCAUCAUGCGGGUCAUGUGGUUUGCGGGAGGUUUCCAUUGGAUGACAGUGAAAGGCCGACGGGCGCUGCCUACAGAAGCUCCCAUUCUCACCCUGGCGCCCCAUUCUUCUUACUUUGAUGCCAUUCCAGUCACAAUGACAAUGUCUUCCAUCGUCAUGAAGGCUGAGAGCAAGGACAUACCUCUCUGGGGAACUCUGAUUAAGUACAUCAGGCCAGUGUUUGUCUCACGGUCUGAUCAGAACUCCAGAAAAAAGACUGUGGAGGAGAUCAAACGCAGGGCUCACUCUGGAGAAUGGCCUCAGAUCAUGAUUUUUCCAGAGGGAACGUGCACCAAUAGAUCCUGCCUCAUCACCUUUAAGCCAGGGGCCUUUAUCCCAGCUGUACCAGUUCAGCCUGUGGUCAUCCGAUAUCCAAACAGACUGGACACAAUUACAUGGACGUGGCAAGGACCAGGAGCAUUUGAAAUCUUGUGGCUGACGCUGUGCCAGCUACACAAUGAAUUUGUGAUAGAGUUUCUUCCCAUCUACACGCCCUCAGAGGAAGAGAAGAAGAAUCCAGCACUCUUUGCUAUAAAUGUGAGGCGUGUCAUGGCAAAGGCCCUGGGGGUACCCAUCACAGACUACUCAUUCGAAGACUGCCAGCUGGCCAUGGCAGAAGGCCAGCUGAGGCUGCCAGUCGACACCUGUCUGCUGGAGUUUGCCAAGCUCGUCAGGAGACUGGGGCUAAAACCGAAGAACACUGAGAAAGUCCUGCAGGAGUAUGGGAACAGAGCCAGGAAGCUGGAGGGACAGAAGCUGGGCUUGGAGGACUUCGCUCACUUUCUUGAUGUGCCAGUUUCAGAUAUGCUACGAGACAUGUUUGCUCUUUUUGAUGAGCAUGAAGAUAACAACAUGGAUAUUAGAGAAUACGUGAUAGCCUUAUCUGUUGUAUGCAGACCUGCCAAAACUCUGGGAACAAUGAAAUUGGCCUUCAAGAUGUUUGAGGCAGAGGAGGACGGUGCUAUCACAGAAAGAGAGUUGGCAGUUAUACUGAAGACGGCUUUAGGGGUGGCUCACCUCAGCGUGUCACGUCUGUUUACUGCCAUCGACACCGAAGACACAGGGAAGAUCACAUUUGACAAGUUCUGGAGCUUUGUGGAGCAGCACCCGGACUUUGCGGAGGAUUACCUUUACACAGAAAACGCAGGGCUCCACGGCGCCCCCUGCCACCAACACCAAACGCAGCCCAGCCAGCCGCCUGCGGGCCCUCAGGGCACCGCCACCAGCAAAACGGCCAACGGCAUCUGUCCCGACUUCAGCCCCCGCGACCACGACGCAGCAAUAGACGGACUCUCCAAGAAACACAACUGAGAGGGAUUUUCCAAACGCAGUGACAGAAAAAAAAAAAAAGAGAGACGACUCUCCUGGCGAGAGGACGUUGUCGCUUAGCGAGGGAGUUCAGCUACGACGCAAAGUGAAGUUUACCUUUCCCUUUUUAUUAGUACUGUGUCCAUGAAAUUUUUGGAGGUUAUUUUCAACUUCUCAACAGUUUAUUUUGGUAUAAAUUCUUCUUUUUUAUUUUUUCAUAGCAAGAAUCAUCAAAACGCCAAACAAUGGCUGUUACAGAAACAAUGCUUGAAUACUUGAAGGGCGAACACUUAAAAAAAAAAAAAAAAAAAAUCCCUGGGGCAAAAUGUUUUUCUUUUGUCUUUUCCCUCCAGCGUAGGACCGACUGCAUGUUUUACCACACAGGAAGCAAGUCAAAAACGAGCCCUGGGUCACGUGGUGAACAACGUUUUAGCGACGUCAGUGUUAGAUUCUUGUUUCUUUGUAACUUUAAUCCAUCUUCUUUUCUUUAUUGGGAGCUGCCUUUUGAGCUGAAAGUGCAGAAUGCAUGGACUCACACUAUUUUUGAGCUGUACUGAGUAUUAUUUAUGUGAAGAAGGAGGCUCUGAGGGUACCGGUGACAAUUGCGCGACUACUUUUGAAGAUUCAGUAGCCGACAUUGGAGGUUAACUCAGGUUGCUGCUAGUUGACGGUCAUGACCGCAAUGACCCUGUCAAGUGUAAAUAUACAACGAUAUAUUUUAUUUAGCUCAGGGUUCAGUGACGAAAAUGAAAAAUUUACUCGUAUGAUGUCAUCAUUUUUGACGCUCAAUGGGUUAUUACGUGCAUGUAACAUCAGUACACUCCUGUCCAUUCAUCCCUCGAUCACGCCGUCAUCCCAUGCUCGCCCUCCCCCGUCAUUUUAAACCCACAUUUUCAUCGAAACGAAACAACGUGGACCAAAAAUGCAUCGGAUGAUUUACGUCACCCGUCAUGUUUCUACUGUUCUUUUCAAUUCGGUGGAGUAAAAGGCUUUAAAGGGGGGAAAAAAAAAAAAUCUCACAGUGCGUGACCACUGGAAGCACAUUCGGUUCGGUGGCUUUGUUGGGUACUUCAAAAGGCGAGGUCAGACUACUUCCCUUUAUGCGCUACACUGUUAAAACUUCUUAAUCAUUCCUACCCUCUUCAUAAUGGAUCAUGCCUCACUCUUUAGAUUUGAUCUCUUUCUGGAUUAUUUCCCAUGCAGAUGCAAUCCGGUGUGAUAUUUACAUGUGAAGUCGUCCUUCGUGCUGUUUCAAAUUAUUUCAAUGUGUUUCAAAACAGAGUUAAGCACCUUAAAUCCCAUUUAAGGACCAUUCUGCAAUUGGAACAUCAGUAUACCUGUGGAAAUAUUUUAACUUAUUUUAUAGGAUUUUUUUUGUUUGUUUUUGUUUUAAGGAGUAUUAGAUUUUUCUGUCUGCAGAAGAGUUUGGCUGAUUCUUUGGUUUUAUUAUUUAACAGUUUUAAUCUCCACUGGUCAAAUAGAUGAGAAUACUGUCCUUAGUAAAUUAAAUUAUAACUUUUUAAACCUUGAUUUACUCAGAAUGAAACUUUCUGAAGUCUUCUGGAUAUUUUGUGCUUUCAAGUUAAAAUUAAAUUCAUGCAACAUUUUCUGAAAAUACAAUCAGCCGACACAUUUUGAUGUGUUGACAAUAAUGUCUGUGUGAAGUUUUAGGUAACACAAUGCUCUUUUCAAUCAUCCGCCAGCCAGCAGUCGUUUGGUCGUCUUUCACGUUAUUCUUCUGUCUGGAAACACAGAAAACUCAAACCAGCUUCUCUAAAUUGCCGUAUUUAAUUUCUUGUGUUAUCACAAGUAAACUGCUGUAAUAAUGAAAGGGAAUACAGAUAAAACGGCACAUUGGGAUCAAUUUGUUGAAUUAUUUUAAUUAGAAUCUGACCAAAAUUUCUUCCGUUUAGUUUUUCACCCCUUCAUUUUUAGCUCGGUGAACGUCUGACCUUCCCAUCUCCUUCAUCACCAUCUGUAACUGUGUCUGUGUCCCAUCCUGGCUUUCAGUGAAGCAAUAUUUCACAUCUCUUAAGCCUUCUCAAGAUGUAUGCUUUUGAAGAGUUCUGAUAUGUAUUUUCAAUAUUCCAAAUGCAGGACAUUUUGUGAAUUUUUGAUAUACGUAUAUGAAUGAUCUUUAUUUUCACUGCCAUGACAAAGAUCUGUGAUCUUCUCUCUCUUCUGCAGAUUGUAUUGAUGAUGAAAAAUGAGCCACAUUUGUUUUUCUUUUUGUAUAAUAUUGCAGUAUUUUGUGCUGUAUUCCUCCUACACAGUGUAAAGUUUUAUUAUUAUGGUUAUUAUCGCUGAGUUGACUGCUUCGAAACAAAAUGCAGAUUUCAUAUGGAAACCGAUAGCCUUGAAUCUAUAGAAUUUUUAUGCUUAGAA